AUGGACGAGACCUCGGCAGUCCCGGGACACCCUCAGGACACCUACCCUCCGGACCACAACGACCACGAAUGCUGCGAGCGGGUGGUCAUCAACAUAGCUGGUCUGAGGUUUGAAACCCAGCUGAAAACUCUCUCCCAGUUCCCAGAGACGUUGCUAGGCAACCCCAAAAAGAGAAUGCGGUACUUUGACCCACUGAGAAACGAGUACUUCUUUGACAGGAACCGCCCCAGCUUCGAUGCCAUCCUCUACUACUACCAGUCGGGCGGUCGGCUGAGGAGACCAGUGAAUGUCCCUUUGGAUAUGUUCUCUGAAGAGAUCAAAUUCUACGAGCUUGGGGUAGACGCCAUGGAGAAGUUCCGCGAGGACGAGGGUUUCAUCCGAGAGGAGGAGCGCCCUCUGCCUGACAAGGAGUUCCAGCGGCAGAUCUGGCUCCUCUUCGAGCACCCGGAGAGCUCGGGCACAGCCAGGGGAAUCGCCAUAGUGUCCGUGAUGGUGAUCUUGAUUUCCAUCGUCAUAUUUUGUUUAGAAACUUUGCCGCAGCUCAAAGACGACGGCACCAGUCGGGUCGUGGGGAACUCCACCAUUUACUACAAGCCAAAUAUCCUCACCGACCCCUUCUUCAUCAUCGAGACACUCUGUAUAAUCUGGUUCUCCUUCGAGUUGAUUGUACGCUUCCUGGCAUGUCCGAGCAAACCGGCCUUCUUCAAGAACAUGAUGAACACCAUCGACAUCGUGGCCAUCAUCCCUUACUUCAUCACCCUGGGCACCGAGCUGGCAGAGGACGAGGACGAGACCGAGGGCGUCGGGGAGCAGGCGACAUCGCUGGCCAUACUCAGGGUUAUCCGCUUGGUCAGGGUAUUUCGGAUCUUCAAGCUGUCGCGUCACUCCAAAGGACUUCAGAUUCUGGGGCAGACCCUGAAGGCCAGCAUGAGGGAGCUGGGAUUGCUCAUCUUCUUCCUGUUCAUCGGAGUCAUCUUGUUCUCCAGCGCCGUGUUCUUUGCCGAGGCCGAGGAGGAGGGCUCCCAGUUCGGCAGCAUCCCAGACGCGUUCUGGUGGGCUGUUGUGUCUAUGACAACUGUGGGCUAUGGAGACAUGGUCCCAAUCACAAUCGGAGGUAAGAUCGUAGGAUCACUGUGCGCCAUUGCUGGUGUGCUGACAAUUGCCCUCCCAGUGCCAGUCAUUGUGUCCAACUUCAACUACUUCUACCACAGGGAGACUGAGGGAGAAGAGCAGGCCCAGCUGCUGAACGUCAGCAACCCCCCCUCCGAAACCAACUCCAGCCGCCGCAGCUCGUCCUCCAUCAGCAAGUCAGAGUACAUGGAGAUUGAUGGGGACAUAAACAAUAGCAUCGAUAACUUUAGGGAGGCCAACCUCAGAACUGGUAAUUGCACUAUAGCCAACCAAAACUGUGUAAAUAAAAGCAAGCUGCUCACAGACGUCUAGACGACCGGACAUCGGACCUUCGGGAUCUCGGAGAGGGGACCGUCGCGUGGAGUAGUGGACCAUUGAUUAGGAAUGCUUCAUUUACUUCCUCAAAGCGCUAUACGGCUUUAGGCCUCAAAGUAUGCUCAGCUAAUAUAGAAAGGAUACAGAAAAAAAAAAACAACACAAAAACAAACAAACAAAAAAGUUGUCCAGAGUCUACAGCAGGUAGUUAGAAUAAUUAAUUCUUCAAAGUCUAUACCUAUUUAGAUAUAUCCAAAAGGAACUACUGAACUACUACUCAUUGACUACACGGCUCCCCCCGCGGGGAGGACGCGGAGCACGCGCUGUCUGUCUCGUCGACAAACAAGCUCA